UCACUUGCUGCAGGUUUUCCGCAUUUUUCCAGUGGUUAUAUGAGGAACUGGGGACGAGAUACGUUUAUAGCUGCUAGAGGUUUAACAAUACUGACAGGUAGACAACAGGAAACAAGAUGUUUAAUAUUAGCGUUUGGUGGCACUCUACGACAUGGUUUAAUACCAAACUUAUUAAACGAGGGUACAGGAGCGCGAUAUAAUUGUCGUGAUGCUGUAUGGUGGUGGUUACAGUGUAUACAAGAUUAUUGUAGACAUUUUAAAGACGGAUAUAAAAUAUUACACGAUAAAAUAUCUCGAUUGUAUCCGACUGAUGAUUCGGAUGUCCAACCUCCAGGAAAAGUGGAUCAGCCAUUAUAUGAUGUUAUACAAGAAGCUAUACAAAAACAUGCUAGUGGUUUAAAAUACCGAGAGAGAAAUGCUGGUCAUGGCAUCGAUUCACAGAUGACUGAUCUAGGGUUUAAUGUAGAAAUAGGUGUAAAAUGGGAGACAGGUUUUGUGUAUGGAGGUAAUGAAUGGAAUUGUGGAACAUGGAUGGAUAAGAUGGGUAGUUCUAUUAAAGCUAGCAAUAAAGGCAAACCAGCUACACCCAGAGAUGGAUCAGCGGUAGAGAUUGUAGGAUUAAGUAUGUCAACUAUAAGAUGGUUAGACGAAAUCAACGCCAAGGGAAUCUACCCGUAUGAUGGUGUUACGGCAAAAAUAGAUGGUAACGAAACCAAAGUGACAUUUAAGGACUGGGCUAAUAAAAUAAAAUCAAACUUCGAAAGAAAUUUUUGGAUAAAUGAUGAGCCUGAUCCCGACAAUGAACCCAACCCAGAACUGAUCAACAGACGUGGAAUGUAUAAAGAUUCUUUCUUUGCUACACAGUUUUGGGCGGACUUUCAACUUCGACCUAAUUUUACAGUAGCCAUGGUUGUGGCCCCAGAAUUAUUUACACCAGAAAGAGCCUGGAUAGCACUGACUACUGCACAAAAUAAUUUAUUAGGACCAUUAGGAAUGAAAACCCUAGAUCCAAAAGACUGGGGUUAUAUUGGUGAUUAUGAUAAUGCCAAUGAUUCUACUGAUGGACGUAUUGCUUGUGGUUUUAAUUAUCAUCAAGGACCAGAAUGGUUAUGGCCAAUUGGAUAUUUUCUGAGAGCCAAGUUAUAUUUUGCUAGUAAAUUAGAGUCGAAGAAACAGGGUAUUUUAAAGGAAACUAUUGGAUUUAUAGAAUCUAGAUUAGCCAAUCAUUAUCUAGAAUUAAUGAAGUCACCAUGGCAAUCACUUCCUGAAUUAACCAAUUCUAACGGAUCGUAUUGUCGAGACAGUUGUCGAGGUCAGGCAUGGAGUGUAGGCUGUGUAUUAGAAGUAUUGUACGAUCUCGAGAACGUUGAUAUGCCAUCUUCGCUUCCUUCCUCACUCCCUUCCUCCGAUUCAGCUCCAGAUAUAAAUGGCAAUUUAUGUUAAAAUCCUUUCAAUUUGAUUAAAUUACAGAUCUAUAUUUCGUUAUAUGGCCUCUACUACAUGAAGAUUUGACCAGUUGUAGUGGAAGGCUGCAUCAGGAGUCAUACAAGUGGCUUUUUAACCUAUGAUGUUAGACAUUCGAUUAACCGCUCAGCAUUGAUGUCUCUACUAGUAGGAUACCCACAGUUACGUGCAUCGCACGUCAAGAACUCACUGCAACAGACUGUUUCAUUGGCUAAUCCCUCGCAUCAACUAAAACGCGGGUUAUAUAACAACUCUUCCAGAUCCUAGUGUAGUAAAGACAAGUAAAACGAAAUUCAAAACUAUAAAAAACGAAAAGAAAUAGGAUCUGUGUUUUAAUCAGAUUGAAAUCUUAUUCAAUACGUUAUAUUAACAUAUCUAAUAUAUAAUUGGUUUUAUUCUAAUAUAAAAUCUUACAUCUUCUCUCACUAAUAAGAUGGGUUGUGUGGUCAUGUGGUCUAACACUAGCGCUUUAGCUAAGAAGGUCUGUCUUAGAGGCAAGUGGUAUGGUUUCUAGCUCUAAGGUUGUAUAAUAGGUGGGGGGUGGGGUGGUUAUUAGUUCUGUCAUUGAGUCAAGUGGCGUGGUUUUGAGUCCAAGCUUUACGUGACAAGAAGUAUGGUCGCCUGUCCAUCCUUGUGGGUUUUCUCCGGGUUCUCCAGUUUCCUCCCACUGUGAUAUAGAGGUUAACGCAUGCGCGUGAAAUCACAAGUUCUGUCAUUGAGUCAAGUGGCGUGGUUUUGAGUCCAAGCUUUACGUGACAAGUAGUAUGGUCACCUGUCCAUCCUCAUGUGUUUUCUCCGGGUCCUCCCGUUUCCCCCCACUGCUAAAGGGCUUAUAGGGCUUGCUGCUUCACUCUACACAUUGAUUAAACAUCAACUCGUAUAAGAUAAAUCUGAUAUUUUGUAGCUCCAAUUAGUGGUCACAUUGAAUAUUGAUAUAACAAUUUCAAUAUUUUAAGUCAUUAUUCAAAUAUCAUUUGAAUAUUCUUAGUCAUUUUUUAAUAAGAUUCAACUAUUUGAUUCAGUUUACAUGUUAUUUUGAAUAUUAGGCCUAUCUGAUAUCAUUAUAUAUAUAUAAACAUGGUUAUUUGUUAUAUUAUAUUACAAGGGCAUUAGUUUGAAAUGUGGAUUAUGUGCAUCACCGAUUUUUUUUUAUUUGUUCCCAUUUUCUCUGUGAUAUUGUUUUAUAAGGAAGAUGAAUAUAUUGGAAGAUCAGUGUUCAUUUACAUUUGUUCUGGGGGGGGUUUUCGGUGUGGUUUCCCCUUGUCAGUGAUGCUGGAAGGUGGGCCUGAAAAGGACAGCUGUCUAGUCGUUCAGAUAGGACGAAAAACCAAGGCCCCAUGUACACAGUGGUGUGUACGUUAAAGAUCCCUAGGCAGUUUGAAUUUGAUAUAAGCAUAGGACGUAGUGCCGCUGUCUGGGCAAAAUUUCACUCAUAGCACACUGUAGGCCUGCGCUGUAUGCCCAGUCGGAGCAGAACAGUAGGAUGUUAAACCCCAUUUCAUUUACAUUUGGUUUAGAGAUAGACUAGUAUCAUAACAAUGAGAAAUGUUAUCCAUUUUUUUAUUUUUUCCUAAAUGCGUAUAAAAGUAUAUAUCAAUCAAUCAAUCUAUCUGAUAUUAACCAAAGAGAAGUUUUUUGUUUGUUUUGAAAAUUGUUAUUAUAUAGUAUAUUUUAAUAUUAACCAGUGCUUUCAGUUAUUGAAUUAUAUUACGUUGUGGUGAUACUACAUUAUUAAUAUUUAACUAGUUUUAUAGAGACAUAUUUGAUGUGUGAUUCGGAAGUCGUAAUUCAUUGUUUAAUUUACCAAAGUGGUUAUUUUUACGGACCCAUAAUCCAAUAUUGAUAGGCUAUUGGGAAAAUAGUGCAGUCGUACGUAAGUACGUAGAUGGGAUGCUUGCCUUUGGACCUGGAUUUCCAAUUUCCUGCCACCGUGAAUGCACGAAUAGUCCAGUUCACCAAACCUUAAUUUUUAAUUAAAUAUUCUCUUCGUCGCCCAUUUUGACAUUGCCUCAAUGGUCCACGAACUUCUUGUAUAUAAGCCAACGAAAUUCAAGGCUUUCCAUUUUCUUAUGGAGGCCAAAAGACAAUCAAAAGUAUUGAACUUCUGCCAGGUCGGCCAUUUUCCGGAAUUGAAGUGUGCAUUCGGAAUAGUGGAUUAUGGGUCCGUAAAGUUAAUAUACAUCAUUGGCACGACAGGAUGUGCCGUAAAAAUAAUCUGCCAAUAUUAUGUGCCGUAAAAAUAGCCACUUUGUUAAGGUAUAUGUCAAAAUAGGCUAAAAUAAUAAUAAUAAAAAAAAAUAGUUUGCUUUAUUUGUCAAAUCUAAACUUAUACCUUUGGUGUUAUACAUUAAAAAUAUAUUUUUAGCCUAUUUUCACAUUUUUCUCUGACUCAUUUUGCAAUCACAGGUCACAUAUAUAUAUAUAUAGAUUGUGUAUAAUCUAUACUCAUUUAGGAGUUAUUGUGUACGAUCUAUAGAGAUAUAUUGGUAUGAGUUAUUUUGUAUACAUAAUGGAGAUAUAUGGUACUCAGCUGUGAGUUAUUGUGUAUAUACUAUAGAGAUAUACAAUACCAUCUGUGAGUUAUUGUGAAUAUACUAUGGAGAUAUAUGGUACUCAGCUGUGAGUUAUUGUGUAUCAUAUAUAUAGAGAUAUACAAUACUACUGUGAGUUAUUGUGUAUAUACUAUAGAGAUAUACAAUACUCAUCUGUGAGUUAUUAUGUAUUCACCAUGAGUUAUUGUCUAUAUUCUAGAGAUAUAUGAUACUCAUAUGUGAGUUAUUGUAUAUAGUCAAUAGAGAUGUAUAAAACUAGACUGUGAGUUAUGGUGUAUAAUCUAUAGAUAUAUAUAUGUAAUAUUCAGCUAUGAGUUAUUGUGUAUAAAGAUAUAGGGAUAUAUAAUAAUAGGCUGAGGGUUAUUGACUAUAAUCUAUAAAGAUAUUUGGAGAUAUAUGUAAUACUCAGCUAUGAGUUAUUGUGUAUAAAGAUAUAUAGAUAUACAAUAAUAGACUGUGAGUUAUUGACAAUAGCUGUUAUUGUAUAUAACCUAUAGAGAUAUAUAAAACUCAUGAAUGAGUUAUUAUAUAAACUAUAGAGAUAUAUACUGGCAUGAGUAUAUGUAGAGACCUAAUCCUAGUCUAUGAGAUAUUCAGUAUAAACUAUAGAGAUGUAUGAUACUCAGAUCAUCUGUGAGUUAUUGUGUAUAACCUAUAGAGAUAUACUGGUAUGAGUAUAUUAUAUUAUAUUGUAGACUCAUCCCACCCGGCAAACCUCGGCAGAUUCUAGUACUCUACAUCUAGCCUCAGCUGUAUGACAGUUAGUGAUAUGUACCUACACCUAUAAAAUUACAAUACGGCACCGGUUUACUUAUUAGGAAAACUUGCCGCUUUUAAAAAGAAGUUAUCAAAAUUGCGUCGUUCGAAGCAUGUGUAGAAUUUCAGUGCAAAGUUUUCCUUGUUUGAAGAAAAUUGGAUAAACUUGAAAGAAAAACAGCUUCAGACUUUGAAAUAUUUGUAUGAUAAAACGUUCUUCAAAGGAGUCAUCAUGGGCAACACUGUUGGUAAAUCCGUGAACUGGAAAGUAGUUCCAAUGGCGGACUUCGUCAUACAGCCGAGGCUAGAUGAAGGGUACUGGAAUCUGCUGAGGUUUGCGGAGUGAUACUCAUCCUGCAAGUCAUCUGUGAGUUAUUGUGUAGUCUAGAGUGAUAUAUAAUGCUAGACUGUGAGUUAUUGUAUAUACCAUAGCAAUAUACUGGUAUAAGUAAUUGUAUAUAUGGGAAUUUUAUUGACUGUGUAUUUGUUAUGACUGGUGUGUAUGGUUUAUAAUAUUACUUAAAGGAUAUUAAGUUGUUAGUGUUUUUUAGUUUCUAUUUUUAGAUGUAUAUAAUUAAACCGGGAUUUUAUAUUCUGUUCUGUCGCAAAAUUUCAACAAUUACUUCCGAACGAAUGACCCACGGAACUGGGUGGGUGGGUUGAAAGACACACCGCGGAUACAAAAUGAUAAAUUGAAUGUCAGUUAUUUUGUCUUAAACUCAAAUCAAAAUCCACACAUGUCAACGUUUUCUUACUGCGUUGAGAGCCACGGUGGCUAAGUGGGUAAGAAGCUGGCUCGCUAGUCUGGAGGUCGCAGGUUCGCUCCCGGUGUUGGCCGAGAUGUUCAUCAGGAUUUUCUGGCAUGGUUUCCCCUUGUCAGUGGUGCAGGACAGAGAGUCUCACAAGGACAGCUGUCUAGUCAUUUGGACGGGAGGGAAAAACGAGAUUCUAUCUACACAUUAGCCUGCACGUAAAAGAUCUCUUGGUAGUUGGAAUUUGAUAUAAGAGUAGGCUGUCCGGGCAAAAUGUCCCUCAAAGCACACUGUAUGGCGUAUGCCCAUCUUCAUUAGCCCAGUUGGAGCAAAACAGUAGCACGUUAAACCCCAUUUCAUUUCAUUUCUCUCUCUGUCAGUGUGGAUGGGCAAUUGACCAAGAUUUAUACGUGGGUUAUUCAUUCAGACGCAACUGUUGAGAUUUUGCGACAAUCCCAAAGUGCCAGCAAAGAAUGCACUACACACAAACCAGUAAGAAUUCCACAAAUAGAAUAUUUUUCGACCCUGAAUGCCAGAAGUAGAUAUUAUACUCCUCUAUAAAAUCGUGUUAACAUAUUUCUUUAACCUACAAAUUGUAAAUAUUUACGUAAUCUUUUUAAUUUGAUGUAUACAUUUGCCUGAGUUUUGUGAAUUUUCCAUGGCGAUUUUUGUUAUAAGAAAUAUUAGUAAAAGUAAUUUUCCCUUGGCAUUUUUUUAACGUCUGCUAUUUGACUAUUGGAAAUAUAAAAAGAGGUAAAUAAAACUUCAAGCCAAUCAAA